CUUUUUAGGGCUUCAGUAGCUCUCUACUUUUCCAGAACCAUGGAAUUCUCAAAAGGCAAUUUUGCAAGAUUUGUGUUGAAAGCAUCUGCAUUAUAGUAGUGCAGGAGAUUCGAACUCAUAAGAUUUUGGCUCAACCAAUUAAGUUAUAUGCCAUGCUGCCACUGUCUUUACUGUGCAAUCUGUGUGUUUCUCGAAUCAUCUUACCCAGAGAAGAGGACGAUUCGGUACAUCAAGCUGACAAAGUUAACCACCAACACAGUAAUUCAUCAGCUUGUUAUCUUUGCAGCUCUAAAUUAUCUGAGCCCUUUAAAUGCUCUGCUCAGACUAGAGAGGUUUCUGUGUUUUCCCCUGUUGUGGGUGAAGAUUUUUGCUCCUCCUCAGUCACUGUUCUGACUGUGAGAAAGAAGGCUCUUGUUUUCAGUGGAGGGGGAUUCAUUGUGACCAACUCAUGCACUGGCGAGAUCGCUUUCAGGGUGGAUGGAAGGGGUCUCAGUUCAACAAACAAAUUGAUUCUCAUGGAUCCUCUGGGAAAGCCUCUGCUAACAUUGCACCGGAAGGCUUUUAGAAUUCUCCACCAUUGGUAUGGAAUCCAUGGAGAAGCAUGCCAUGGCCAGAAGCCCAUUUUCAGCGUGAGCAAAUCAUCAAUGUUUACUAAAAAUGAAGUUGCAGAGGCGUUUGUGGGCUCCACCAGAGGGAAGAAACACUCUUACUAUAAAGUUUUGGGGAAUUACAGUGAGCGACAUUGUAGUAUAUACAAUGGCCUUGGCACUUUAGUUGCAGAGGUGAAGAGGAAAUUUGCAACAUCAGAUGUAAUGUUGUCAAAAGAUGUUUUCAAUGUUGUAGUGAAAGCUGGCAUAGACCAGGCUUUUAUGAUGGGUUUGAUCGUCAUUCUUCAUCAGAUGAGUGGAGAACAUGACUCUAUCUGAAGUUAGACAUCACAUGACUAAUCUAAUCUGAUUUCGAGCUCAUGACUAAACUAAGUUGUUGGAGCUUUUCUAACUAAGAGAUCAGCUUUGUAUCAAUUCAUUUUUAAUUGAGUAAAGCUGAAGUUUAGGAUUGUAUAGAUAUAAGAGAGUUAACAGUAACAUAACAAGGUGCUGAACAAAGAGAUUCAAAGGAAUAUGAUAAAAAAAUCAUUCUUCAUGAUAGGAAUUGUGGUUCCAACUCUGAGUUUGCAUGGUGUAAUUGGAUCACCAUUAGAUUUUCUCUGUAAAGCGAUUUGGGCAACUCUGUCCAUUGGUUAAACGAAUAGUAAUGUAAU